AUGGUUUUGCUUCCAGGUUGUGCUGUUUGCAGCGCAACAAAAUCAACUGGCAUCCUCACAGAAAAAAGAGUGUCCAUAUCUGAGGAGUGGGUGCACUUUAAGAUCCAGUCCUCAAAGGCAAACAGGUCAACAUCUCUGGCUUCUUUGAGGAACAAGAUACGACGACAUGAGACAUCCAAGGCACACAAAAUAGCUCAGGAGCUCACUGAAAAGGGUGGACAGGAUUUACUUGGAAAUUUGGUGAGUUCUAUGUCAGAGACUGUGUUUGCUGAGACAGAUGCUAUAUUCAGAACAGCAUACUAUCUUGCGAAAAUGAACCGACCUUUCAAUCUCAUUGAGCUUCAGGAAAAAAAUGGUGUCAACAUGGGUGCUAGUCUGCACUCAAGGUACAGUUCUACAAAAAUUGUGGAACACGUAGCAAAAGAGAUGCAGAAAAAAAUAGUUCACAGUUUUGUGUCGUCUUCAAGUAAGUUGUCUGUUCUCAUUGACGAGGCUACAUCUCUUAGCCACAAAUCUGCCAUGAUUGUCAACUUGAAAGCCUCAGUAGAUGGAGCUACUCCUGAAUUUGUGUUUCUGGAGCUGGUUGAGCUGGAGAGCCAAAGGGCAGGGGAUAUAGAAAAAGCCCUUCUUGACUGUUUGGACACUGCAGGCUUCAGUGAAGAGUGGCUUCAAAAGAACUGGGUCUCAUUUGUUUCAGAUGGAGCUAGUGUCAUGUUAGGCAAGAACUCUGGUGUGGCAACCAGGCUGACUGCAAGGUACCCUAACCUCUUCACAUGGCACUGCAUGAACCACCGUUUGGAACUGGCUGUAUCUGAUGCUGUGGAUGAGGUUCAGGCAGUCAACCACUUCAAAGUGUUCAUGGAGAAGAUCCAUAAUCUCUACAGUCAGUCCAAUAAAAAUUCACGGGAGCUUCUGGAAGCAGCGCAAGAAGUGGGUUCACAAGUCCUGAAAAUUGGCAGAGUUUUAAGUACGCGAUGGGUGGCCAGCAGCUUUCGCUCUGUAAAGGCUGUGUGGAGGUCGUUUGAAGCAUUUAACAGACACUUUGAAAAUGCUGCAGGAGACCAAACAAGAAACGGCAAAGAGAGACAAACUUACAGAGGACUGGCACGUCGUAUGCAAAGCAAGGAAUUUCUGUGUGACCUUGGACUCAUGUACGAUGCACUGUCUGAACUUGCAAACCUGUCUCAGCAACUCCAGGCGCAUUCAAUCACACUCUUGAGAGCAGACCAGCUUCUGAAGUGCACCAUAAGAGUGCUGGCAUCAUUCAAAGACACCCCAGGAGAGAAAUCAGAGGAGGCACUGACAGCACAGGGUUUAGGACAUUUUGGAUCAGUUCCCCUGGAGUCAAAUGCAAAGCUCACACCAAUCAAUGCAAAGCAGUUCCUACAAAGUCUGAUCAACAACAUGGAGAAGCGCCUCUCAUUUGAAGGUGAAAUGCUUCAUGAUCUCAGCGUUUUGGAUACAGGCAACUGGCCGUCAACACCUGGCAUACGGCAUGGUGAGGCAGAAGUGAAACGACUGUGCAGGCGGUUCAAUCUUUGUGAAGAGCAAGCAGUUAAUGGUAUGAGAGAUUUCCUUGAGCACCCAGACAGUGAGCCUGAAAGCCUAAAACCACUCAUACGAUGCAUGCAGGCCAUCCCUUGCAGCACUGCUGAGUGUGAAAGGGACUUCAGUCUCAUGAACAAUGUAUGCACGGAAAGAAGAUCUACACUGCUGUUGUCUAAUGUUACUAAUUUGAUGAUGGUCAGCAUCAAUGGGCCUCCUGUAAGACUUUUUGAGCCAAGGAAAUAUGUAACAACAUGGCUGAAAAGCCAUCGCUCUGCCACGCAAGCAAGGAGGCAAUGCACACCUCAGAUGCCUGUGUACAAACAAAUUUGGAAAGCUCUGUAG